GCUAGCCGACGCGAGCCAGGGACUUGGAAUAUGUCGGGGAUUGCCCUCAGCAGACUCGCCCAGGAGAGGAAAGCGUGGAGGAAAGAUCACCCGUUUGGUUUUGUGGCUGUCCCGACAAAAAACCCCGACGGCACGAUGAAUCUCAUGAACUGGGAGUGUGCCAUCCCAGGGAAGAAGGGGACGCCGUGGGAAGGAGGUUUGUUCAAGCUCCGGAUGCUUUUCAAAGACGACUACCCAUCCUCACCACCGAAAUGUAAAUUCGAGCCGCCGUUGUUCCACCCAAACGUGUACCCUUCCGGGACAGUGUGCCUGUCCAUCCUGGAGGAGGACAAAGACUGGAGGCCAGCCAUCACAAUCAAGCAGAUCUUAUUAGGAAUACAGGAACUUCUAAACGAACCAAAUAUCCAAGACCCCGCCCAAGCAGAGGCCUACACGAUUUACUGCCAAAACAGAGUGGAAUAUGAGAAAAGGGUCCGAGCACAAGCCAAGAAGUUUGCGCCUUCAUAAACAGCGACCUGUGGCAUCAUGAAAGGAAGGGAUUGGGCUGGCAAGAACUUGUUUACAACAUUCUGCAAAUCUCGAGUUGCUCGACGGUCGCGGGGUGGGCACAUCUUCCAUUGCCGCCAUGGCGGCCUGGAGGGCUGAGGUGCCCGUUGCUCAACAGGGUCUCUUCCUUCCGUCUUUUGUAUUUUGAUUGUUAUGUAAAACUUGCUUUUAUUUUAAUAUUGAUGUCAGUAUUUCAACUGCUGUAAGAUGAUAAACUUUUAUACUGGGUGAGCCCUAGGCGCUAGUUCCUCGCUCGGACGCAGGCAUGCUUCCCGCCGUGAGCCGCGCUUCGCUCCCGCCUUGAAGAGAACCACCCCGCCUCCUCCAGAUCCGGCUGUCCCGGCCCGGCCGUCCGCAGCGGCCUCUCACUUCUGCAUCACUUCCUUGUGUUUAUAUGGCGUUUUGUCUGUGUUGCUGUUUAGAGUAAAUAAACUGUUUAUAUAAAGGU